AUGAGCCAAGGAAGUAUGAAGUGGGAGUAUAAUCCGCAGCUUCCACGGAAGCCUAGCCACGGAGAAAUUAGCUACCUUGGAGUCCUUCGGAAUUACGACAUCGGCGGGAUUGGGGGAAACCUGACCGCGAGCGCGGCCAACUUGUACAGCGAUGAGCUCGCUAUCGCGAUACAGCGACGACCAGCUGAUCCAGAAUUUACGUCUGAUACCCAAUUUAUAUCGUGCUGGCUCUGGAACGUAUCUGGUCCUCUCACAGUCACUGCAAUGAAUGGUGUUGGGAGGAUAGAGAUCGUCAACCAAUCCGGACGCGCCUACGUCCCAGUAGAAGUCACAUCAACAAGCUAUUUCACCGUCUUCGACUGUCAUGCAAGGAACCUAAACAUCCCGUAUGGCCUUAUUAUCCUCUUCAAUGCGCUCUUCGUCUGCCUCGGCGUAUACUGCUUCCACCGGAAAAAGGGGUCAAUCAUGACCUCCGAGUCUCGAGCAUAG